ACAAACCUGCUGUACACGCUGGAAGCAACACGCUCACUGCUGCGGCGUCGGACACUGCGCCUUGUCGGGAACAACAACGCAACGAGGUCGUUUACCACUAAACAUUGUUCAGAAUUGAACUGGACGAAAAAAAGAUGUCGGCGGUUUAUAAAGAUGACCAGGAGGACUGGCUGACUGUGUGUCUGAAGUACCUGCUCUUUGUUUUCAACUUUCUCUUCUGGGUGGGUGGAGCAGCUGUUUUGGGUGUAGGAGUCUGGACACUGGUGGAGAAGAGCGACUACUUGAGCCUGCUGGCCUCCAGCACUUUCGUUGUCUCGGCAUAUAUCCUCAUCGUUGCCGGAGGCCUGGUGGUGGUCACGGGCUUCUUGGGCUGUUGCGCUGUCAUUCGGGAGCAGAAAAGCUGUCUGUCCACGUAUUUCUUCUGCCUGCUGCUGAUCUUCUUGAUUGAACUGGUGGCUGGAGUACUGGCAUAUGUUUACUACCAGAGGUUGAGUGAUGAGCUGAAACAGCAUCUCAACCAGACUAUGACAGAUAACUACGCCCAGCCAGGGAAGGAGGCCAUCACAUUAGCUGUGGACAGACUACAACAGGACUUCAAGUGCUGUGGCAGCAACAACUCCCAUGAUUGGAUGGUGAGUGUGUACGUUUCAUCAAAGCAGGCAGAAGACAGGGUGGUGCCUGACAGCUGCUGUAAGACCAUCACCCCUCACUGUGGCAAGAGAGACCACCCCUCCAACAUCUACAAGGUGGAGGGCGGUUGCAUCACUAAGCUGGAGCAGUUUCUGGCCGACCACCUGUUGGUCAUCGGUGCUGUGGGAAUAGGAGUGGCGUGUCUGCAGGUCUGUGGGAUGGUGUUCACCAGCUGCUUGUACAGAAGGAUCAAGAUGGAACCUUACUGAGCACAGCAGGCCCCCAACACACCACCUACGACAGGCAGAUGGAACAAUGAAUCUCCUCAACUUCAACCUCUUUAUCGUGAACUCUAACCAGCCGAUCUAAGACAAGUGCACUUUGUGUGUGUGUGUAUGUGUGUGUCUGUGUGUGUGUGUAACACUUUCCAGGAGACCCACAUUGCAGUCAGAAACCGAUUUUGCCAUUUAGAAACCAGGGGUCAUACAUUUCGAAUGCCGGACUGUGAUCUCGGCCUCCUGGAAUAACAUGUCUGUUUGCAUCAUUGCCUUUUGCUUAGAUGCAUGCUUUAGUUUGAGCAGGACAAAAGAAAAGAAAGGAACGCACAUACAUACUCAAAAUGCAUUCUUCUCUGCUCAACUGAUGAUGAUGAUUUAAUUUGAUCUAUCAUGUGUUCACUGUGCAGAUAUUUAUAUAUUCCAUUCCAGUUAUUAAGUAAGCUGAGCAACGACACUGCUAAUGAAGAAAGGUAAUUUCUGGCUGUAUAUUUUGUUCACACAAUGUGCCUCUUUCACAGCUCUGCUGGUAAAUGAUGAUUAUGUAUUAAUCCGUGCCUGAAAUCUUAAAGGGAGCUGACGAUGCACUGUGAUAAAUGACAGCAAUUGAAAUGUAGUUUACACUCUUUAUAUAUUUGUAGGGAUGCCUUCACUCCUGAUAAUUGCAACACAUAAUGAAAAUAAAGUGCAUGGCUUCAAACAUGAAGACAUUAUUCGACAGUAUAAUAAGUAUAGGAAAAGACAACUAUUUUCUCAAAUGUUUGCCAGAUCCCUGAAUGUAUAACUCCACCUAGUGGUUGGCGCUGGUAAUAUAUAAUGUGUGCAAAAGUCUGACGACGCUUCAUCAUUUUUAAUUACAUUACCAUCAUCUGUUUAGCUUAAUAUGUGACACUAACGGUAAUUAUACAUGUCAGAUAGAUGUUAACAUCAACACACAUUGCCUUCUGUGAAAUGUGGACUUUUCAUCCUUCCCUAGAAACACAGAUGUUUCAUACUGAGAAGAAGUCGACCUUUGUGACGGCUGAAGCAAGGACCGUGUUGCGUUCACUGCCUAAUCGAUCACUUUUCAUCCCCUUUCCUGUAGCCAUUACUUCUGAAACAAUGUGUGGCCUUGUUGCUGCUGUACAGUUGAGAAGUCUUGUUGUGGAUUAUAUGGUAAGAGAAGGAGGCUGUCAAAAAAAGUAAAAUAUCCAUUUGGAAUGUUUUCAUUUCUGUCCUUUGUAACAAUACAACUGAGUCAGUAGGGACCUCCUUGACUGUUUUUUGUUUCAUCCCUGAUGGACUUGUGAAGGGUGCUAAUGUAUCUAGAUGGUUUUUGAUGUGAUGUUGGCAUGUGCUCCAUCAGCUGACUUGUUGCAUUGUGUUAAUGAACAAUUCAUAAUAAAGGGUUGUUUUAGA